GUUAGUGUUUGACUACCGUCGAGGCUGGGUGUUUCAUCAACGCUCCCCUCGCCAAACGUGGAGUUCAUUGAUAAGUGAAACUGUGUCCCAGGUGACAUAGGUAGUGAUUAACAGUGGUCUGUGAAUAUUGUUGCUCCUUCAGCUACCUGCAUCGGCCGUGGCCACAAACGGACAGAACUGACCCUUGAAAAGUCGAAAAAAAAAUCCCGAGUUUUCACAACGAGCGAUAAGACGACUUCAUUCCGGUGCCGGUGAUGAGGGCGGAAGAUGCAGUGGAACAGUAACUCCGUUGAGUCAGGCGGCCUGCUGAGCGCUGGGGACGGAACAGGCGGCGGGCGUGGAGACAUGUCCCGUCUGAAUGGCCGCGUGCAUACUGGUCCCCAACACAGCAACCCCGCCCAGUACCAAGCUGUGCCCACCCAGUACCACCAGGGCGGCCCGGUGCAGUACCAGGGUUCCCAGGGACACUCAGACGAGUUUGAAGCCUCGUGUCUGGUGAGGACACCGUCAGGCAACGUGUACAUCCCCUCCGAUAUGCCAAAAACCUCCACUCUGGAGUACAAGCCGGGGCUGCACUCCCCCAGCCUCCACUGCCCGCCCAAAGCAGACGGCCAAAAGACCAUGGAAGGCUAUAACGUGCCCUUUGGAGGCGGCCUUCCAGCUCCCGUGUUACCCGUCCGCAACAACCUGCGGCACUCAGUGCCCGGCACCGGCCCCCGGGGAGGAGGCGGGCCAUCCAGCGGCACUUCCCGCGGGCCCUCCAAUCCUCACUGCUCGUGGCGAUGCACCGCCAUCAUCUUUAUCACCAUUGCUGUCGUCCUUGCCACCAUCCUUAUCUACAUCGCAGCCACAAGCACGCUGGCAUGGUCAGCCCAUGGGGGCUGUGCUGUGAUGGUUGACGACACCACUGUGAUUACUGAUGAGGCUCACCCAGGUCAAGCUGCUUCUCGAGGUAACCCACAGCUCCCUCAAGACCGCCUGCCCCAGCAUCCCCAGCAACAGUUCCAACCAUUCUUCGUAGUUUAUGAUGACGUGCGAGAGCUCCCGCGCCUCGACGCACCUCUCCAUCGCAUGCGUAGAAGUGUGUCGCAUGAAUCACCCCCCCGCAUGGACACUCACCCUCAGGACUCACCCAUCCCCAGCUCCCUCAUCCCCUCUGAUACUCCUGCCUCUAGCUCCUUUGCUAACCCUGAUCCCACAUCCAUCCAUUCCUCUCACUCUCCUGUGACUGACAGUUUUAAAGACAGUGACACCUCUCCUAAAGACUCAGUUGAUGAUUCUCCUGCUCCUUCCAGCCACUCUCACAAUUCCAUGGAAACAAAUUCUAACACUGGCAGUUUGUUUGUGGACUCAGAUAGUGAUUCUACUUUUCUGAGUAAUGUGAAUACUAAUCAGGAUGAUUCUGAUGUUGCCCAGCCUUCACCUGCAGAAUUUGAACAUAAUAAGAGAAAAGGUCUUGCAGCAGAAUUCAAUGCUCAUUUCCACAUGGCCCACAUCAACCCAUCUCAUGAUAAUAUUGGUGAUCCAGUUUCAAAGACUGUAACUCUAGAAGGUUCAUUGUCUGGCCCACCAAUAAUUAGAGAAGCAAGGGAAGCUCAACAUGUGUCAUUCAUCAACAAUGAUGAAUCUAUGGAUAGUCCAUUAGGACAAAAAAGAAAUGUUUUUGCUCCUGUGGUUGAUGUUGUUGAAUAUUCCAAUGAUGAUGAUAAUGUUGAAUUGCCUGAGACUGAUAAUGUGAUUGUUGAUGGGAUGGAAGAUGUGCAAGAAGAGAUCCUUGACACUUCCUUUACAUAUGAGGAAGAAAUAACUGAUGACACAGAUGACAGUGAAAAGAACCUUGACAGUUAUGAAGAGACAGAAGACUCAGAUGAGGAAGUCAACGAGGAGGCAUUGGCUGAGUAUGAGUAUGGUCGCAAUCCUGAAAAUGAUCAGGAUGUUGUUGAGUAUAUUCAGGUUAAUGAGACUGAAGGAAAUAGUUCUACUCCAUUCACACAGCUCCCAGAAAACAAUGAGUUUAUAAAUACUAAUAGUGGGAGAAACUUAUCAGCUGAAUUCUUACCAGCUUCUAUGGAUGACAUUAUGGUGGGUGAUGAUCCCUUGGAAAGCAUGGCACAGGAGUCAGAUAAUGGAGCUGCUGUAUCAAGCAGUACAGGGGAAACUCAAAGUAAGGAAAGGAAGGCAUUCAGAUCUUGGAUGGGAGGUUUCCCAAAACUACCUGCAAACCCUAGUGAAGUUGAUAACAGUUCUAGAGAAUCUGAAUCAAAUGAUGCAGAACAAGUGCCUCCUGAACCUAACCACACUAACAGAGGUAAGGUGUUGAAAUCUUCUGUUGAUGCUUGGUUUUCCAGGUAUGGCAUUAGGAACUCACAAACAAGAAACAUUGGUGACAAAACUGCAAGUGCUGAAAGUUCUGGUCCCUUAUUUGGUGAGGCAGGAAAUGAACGCUUUUUGUUUGACUCUGCAGAGAAUAACGGUGGAAGAGUAACCAGGCAAUCAGCAUAUAGAAGAGGAAGAUCUUAUGACCCUAAUGAUCCUCAAGGAGGUCCUAUACCCCAGUCCGAUCCUAGAAGUUAUCCAUCCACAAUCCUAGAAGCCCUGGGAGUGCCAUAUUACCAGGAUCCUACUAGGUCACCGCCACUCAGGAACCGCACCUUCAAAGGCCCUGUCACUGCAAGGGAUGUUUUUCCACAUAUCUUUGAAUAUGAUCUGGAUAACCAUGAUGACUACUAUUAUGAGGAUGAUGCUUACUACUAUUUUGAUGAAUAUUCUGUUGAUAGUCGUCCACCAAAUAAAGAAGUUCACGAAUUUGAGGAUGAGGAGGAUGAAGAAGAUUCUACUGAAAUUAUAUUUGAUGAGGAGGAUGAGGAUAAUGACAGCCUUGGAGAAGUCCAGGCUGCCCAUCGAGAUACUAGAAAUGUGGUGACCAUGAGUCCUCCACAUAGCCGUUUGGCCGUGUUGGCUCCAGCUAGUACUCGUGUGCAAGCCACACAGUACCCUCCAGGACUUCGGGCUAUGUCCCUCACCAAAGAAGAGUUCCAUGUUGGUGUUCAAGAGCCUCAGAUCAGAACCCUUAAUCAGGGACAGGAUGAAUUGGUAGAAAUUGAAGUUGUACCACUGGAAAGAAAUUAUCCUUCUGUGAACUCCAUGGAAACUGGAACAAAUUAUUCUCCAUUAGUGGAUAACCACAACAGAGAAACUACUGUUGAGAGAAAGAUUUUAGAAACCCCCACUUCUGCAGCAACCACCACAUCUUCCCCAACUCCUAUGGUCACAUCUACUAGGUCCCCACCAGUGCCACCCACACCUCGCCCUGUUGAUCCUUCAGAACUUCUACCUCCACUGCAUGGUGCUAAAUUCUUAACGCCACACCACCGAGCCUCACCACAUGCAGAAAUUUCGUCUGAGGAGAAAAAAAUACCCAAAUUCUUGAUGCAUAUUGCAGAAAACAAUUCUGCUGCACCAAGAGGUCCAUCUGAUAAUCACCAUAUGUCUGCUGCCCAACCACUGAAUGACAACCAUAGUGAGAGUCUAGGGAAAAAUACACCUCAUGUGUAUUCUCCUGGCAGUUCUGCUUCUCACCCACCUAGAAAGAGUUAUGAGGAGCAAGAUGAAAUCCAGAGAUACCACAGUGAAAGUUCAGAUAACCAAGAUCAGGUUGUUUCCUUACCAGACCAUUCAAGGUCAAAUCGUGCUUCUACACACAGCAAUCCAGAAGAGGAAACCUUCCAUGAAGAUGAGGCUAUCCGAGAACUACAUCACAACAAGUCACCAUCGCAGUACAGCUCCAGUGGUCACCUUACUCAUACCAGUAAAUCUGGACGCUCAAAGCGAGUCACAGUUAAUGUUACUAUUGCCACUGAUGAUGGAGAGGCAACAGCAGGUAGAGGUAAAAGUCCAAAUAACCCUCUAUAUGUUCUGUCUGUAUCUGUGCCCACCUCUGGAAAGGACCAAAAGGCAGACAUCACCCUUGUGGAGCCACAUGAACAACAGCAGGUUGCAUCAGUUUCUAUCAAAAUUAAUGGAAAUGGUACCUAUGACAGGAACAACAGUCAGAUUCAUGAAUUCUUUGCUCUUCCCCAUACUGGCCAGCUUGUGUCAGGGCACGGAGAGAAAGGGCAUUGCCAGUGUCCUUGUUCUUGUGACAAUGACAAUAGUAUCCCAUCCUUCUCCCAAUCCCUUCCAUCCCAAAGCCGUCCUGAGGAGUCCUUGGCUACUUCCAGACUCCAUGACUCUGAUUCCCAAACACCAGUCCAGGGCUGUGCCUCAGACCCCAACCCAACCACUACCACCUCCACCACUACUACCACACCUCCAUAUAUGGUAGGGGAUAAGGAAAUCAAAGACCACAAUAAUCGUCCAACAAAGACCAUCCCGCCAGAUGGCACAACAUUCAAAAUGAUGGAGCUGGGACAACAGCUCAGUGGAGUUAUCCCACCGUAUGGGUACUGGAACAUGCAGUUUUACCAGUCAGAAUCAGCAUACGUCAAGUUUGAGGUAUCCAUCCCACGGGGCUCCUCCAUCGGUGUAUAUGGCCGCCGCAAUGCCCUGCCCACCCACACUUCCUAUGACUUCCUGCAAGUGCUGUCAGGCUACAAGAUGGGAUCAGGCCGCUCUACCAGGGCCAGCAAGGUAAUUGGCCCGCUACAGCCACAAGCAGUAACCAAAUACCUCGAACAAGGUCACUGGUUCUUAAGCCUGUACAAUGACGAUGGGGAUCCACAAGAAGUGAGCUUGAAUGGUGCUGUGUCCUCUGAGUACACAGAGGGCUGUCCCCGGGGCUGUUCAGGCAAUGGUGACUGUAUCUUGGGGUCAUGCCAAUGCCACGCUGGUUACACUGGUUCUGAUUGCACCCAGAUGAUGUGUCCAGUAUUGUGUUCUGGGCAUGGCGAGUACCGCGAUGGGGAGUGUGUGUGUCGGCCAGGCUGGAAGGGCCGUGAGUGCAGCAUCCGUCAUGAUGAAUGUGAAGUUCCAGACUGCAACAGUCAUGGCCACUGUGUUGACGGUCACUGCCGCUGUGCUAAGGGCUAUAAGGGUGAAUUUUGUGAGGAAGAUGACUGUCCUCACCCAACGUGCUCUGGCCAUGGGUGGUGCGUAUCAGGGAUGUGUGUUUGUCAGCGUGGUUGGCGUGGUGUGGAUUGCAACAGCAGGGAUGAUGCAGCCCUCCAGUGCCUGCCAGAUUGCAAUAACCAUGGCCAUUUUGACUUAGAGAGCCAUCAGUGUGUAUGUGAUCCUGAAUGGACAGGAGCUGAGUGCACUACAAAAGUGUGUGACUUAGAUUGUGGUCCACAUGGAAGAUGUGAAGGUGGCUCCUGUCUUUGCUCUGCUGGCUGGACAGGUGAACGAUGUGGCCUCAUGACCUGUGAUCCAAGGUGUGAAGAACAUGGUCAGUGUAAAAAUGGCACCUGCAUCUGCAUGACUGGAUGGAAUGGUCGUCACUGUACACUGGCGGGAUGCCCUGCUGACUGUUCCAACAAUGGGGCGUGUAUCAUGGAGAAUGAUGAAUGGGUGUGUCGCUGUGAAAGCACCUGGGAAGGUCUUGACUGCUCAGUCAAGCUGGAGACUGUCUGUGAUGAUAAGAAGGAUAAUGAUAAUGACGGUUUGGUUGAUUGUGCUGAUGCUGAGUGCUGUUCCUUUGAAAAUUGUAAGGAGUCACCCCUGUGUCUUACAUCACAUGAUCCAAUCGACAUCUUGCUGAGAAAGCAGCCACCAGCAGUUACUGCUUCCUUCUUCCAACGAACUCGUUUCAUUGUUGAGGAAGGCUCAGUGCAGAACUAUGCUGAGAUGAAUGCCUUCAAUACCAGCAUGCACAGGAAUUACAUAAACGAGAGUCGUGCCUCAGUGGUACGUGGAAGAGUAAUCAGCGGGAGAGGAACAGGACUCAGAGGAGUAAGAGUGUCCCACUACCGGCCAGCAGACACAGGCUUCACUCUAACACGCCCUGGAGGCUGGUUUGAUCUCAUGGUUAAUGGAGGUGGUGCUGUCAGAUUGCUGUUUGGGAAGUCACCAUUUUCCCAAGUCACUGCAACAGUGUGGGUGCCUUGGAAUGAAAUUGUUGUCACAGACACCAUUGUUAUGACCAUGGCAGACGUUGUGCCUCCACCACCACAAACUCCCUGUCCUGAUCACAGUUAUGACGAGCUGAAGCCUGUUGUUCUGGCUACUUGGAAACAUGGUUUUCAAGGUGGAUGUCCUGAGUGUUCUGCAAUCCUGACAGAAUCUCAAGUAGUGCAAGAGAGUCUAAAUAUCCCUGGAACUGGACUUCAUUUAGUCUACCAUUCUUCAAGAGCUCUGGGAUACGAGUCCACAAUUCAGCUUCAGUUAACACCAUCAGUCAUCCCAGAGACACUGCGACGAAUAUAUCUCAGAAUUACUAUAGAAGGAAUUCUUUUUGAGAAAACAUUUGAAGCUGAUCCUGACAUCAAGUUUACAUAUGCAUGGAAUCGACUAAAUGUAUAUAGGCAACGAGUAUAUGGUGUAACAUGGGCUGUGGUGAAGGUGGGCUUUGCAUACAGCAACUGUGAUCAGAUCAUAUGGGAUGCACAAACUACUCAAGUAUCUGGACAUGACAUGAGCAUAUCAGAUAUUGGAGGCUGGGAUCUUUCAAUCCAGCAUAGAUACAAUUUCCAUGAAGGCAUUUUGCAGAAGGGAGAUGGACGUAACAUUCACCUGAAACAGAAGCCAAGGGUCAUGAGAAAUCUUAUGGGAGAUGGCCAUCAGAGGGAGAUUUCCUGUAAGCCUUGUGACGGACAUGCCAAGAGGCAGCGUCUCCUCACCCCUGCAGCUUUAGCUUCAGGUCCAGACGGGUCACUUUAUAUUGCAGACUUCAACUUAAUUCGUCGUAUCUUACCUGACAACACAGUAAAAACUGUGGUCAGCUUAAACGAAACACGUGUGUCAUACCGGUACCAUCUAGCAGUGAGCCCAGUAACCGGUGAUGUUUAUAUCAGUGAUCAUGAAGCUCACCUGAUUCUUAAAGUUCGAGACCCUGAUGACUUCUCAAGGCCAGAGCAAAACUAUAUGCCCUAUGUUGGAUCUGGUGAGCGAUGUUUACCUGGAGAUGAAGUGGGUUGUGGUGACAACUCCCUUGCUAGAGAUGCUAAACUUCAAUAUCCUAAGGGAAUGGCAUUGUCUGUUGAUGAUGUCUUGUACUUCGCGGAUGGCACCAAUGUCCGUGCAGUAGACUCUGAUGGAAUCAUUACCACUGUCAUAGGAAACCAUCGGCACCGAGCACACUGGCGGCCAUUACCUUGUGAAGGAACUGUACCUGUCUCUGAAGUAAGCUUGCGCUGGCCAACAGCUUUGGCUAUUAAUCCUCUUGAUGAUUCUCUCUAUGUUUUGGAUGACCAUCAUGUACUGCGGCUGACACACGAUGGGCAGAUAAAGGUGGUGGCUGGAAGACCUCUUCAUUGUCCACCACUGAGCCAUGAUGCACCUUCUGAUUUAGCUGCUCACACAACACUUCGGUCCCCUCAGAGCCUUGCAUUUGCUCCUAACGGGGACUUGUACAUUGCUGAAAGUGACAAUGAACGCAUUAAUCGCAUAAGGAUCAUUGAAACGGAUGAACGCAUUCAUGACUUCGCUGGUGCAGAUUCAAAGUGUAAUUGCCAGGAUGAGAACUGUCAGUGCUUUGAUGAGUCUCACGUUCUAGCUGCCACAGCUGUGUUUUCCACCAUUUCAGCAUUAUGUGUAACUCCAGAUGGCACUGUUCAUGUCCUAGACCAAGGUAACUUACGAAUUCGCUCCGUCACUUCCUCAAUUCCUGAGCCAAACGCACAACGUUUGUAUGAAGUUUUCUCCCCAGAAACACAAGAAGUUUACAUAUUCAAUAGAUUUGGCCACCAUAUAGAAACUCGUAGUAUUCCUACGAGGCGAACAAAGUACAUGUUUGCCUAUAAUGUUAAUACAAGUAAUGGAAGACUGUCAACAGUCACAGAUGCCAGUGGGAAUAGAGUUUCCUUCCGUCGCCAAUACACAGGACAAGUAACUACAAUUGAAAACUCAAGACAGCAGAAAUGCAGGCUACAGAUGUCACGUACUCGUAAGCUGAUGGAAUUUGUCACACCCGAUGAGCACAACAUAACCCUCACAUACCAUGGUGCUACUGGUCUCCUACGGUCUCGCAUGGAUUCCACAGGUCGUGCCCAUGUGUAUACAUAUGACACUUAUGGUCGCCUCACAAGAGCAGUUACACCUUCUGGGCAAGUGAUUGAUUUGUCAUUUGACCUGAGCCAAAAGGGAGCAAGAGUAACAGUUACUCGGGAUGGCACAGCACCAGUCACCAUGCUUAUCAAGGGAGCACUGGUCACUGAGACUGUAGGAUCUGCCUCCAGUGUCACUGCUCAGCUUGCUGAUGGUGCUGUGGUGACACGUACAGCUUGGGGACACCACAUCGCUACUGAGACAGUGCCUUAUAAUCUUCUACAAGAUCACACUUUAGCACAGUCAUAUCCUGUGCCUGGUAGGCAGCGCACUGAAAUAGGAGAUGAACUUGUCAACAGCUUUGACUGGAAAUACUUCUUGGACACAAGAGAUGAAAGUGGCACAGCAACACAGGUUGGUCGUAAAAUGAGGGUGAAUGGAGAAGACCUUCUUACUUUCAAGUAUGACCUGUUCACUGGAACUGAGGCAAUUCUGAAUGAGAAUGGCGCAACACUUCUUAAUGUUUCGUAUGACCAGCUUGGACGCCCACUGUACUACAAUCCAGCUCAGCCCUUCCUUCCUGUAGCAAUCUCAUAUGACAGAUUAGGUCAGAUGGCAGCCUGGUCCUGGGGUGACAUGAGGGAAGAAUAUUCCUACAAUCGCAAUGGAAGGUUUGAGGGUGUGACUUACAGUGAUGGCACCAAGAUUGUCUACUCCUUCAAGGAUGCCAAUAGUGUCAAGCCAUAUAAAGUCAGUGUGUCUGGAGGAGCCGAACAUCUUCUAGAACAUGAUGAAGGUGGAGCACUGUCAGGUGUGACCACCCCAAGAGGCCACAAGUACACCUUCCAUGUCCAGCCAUCACUUCUCCAUAACAGAUUCACAUUCACCCCUCCUGGAUCUCCUCGUCACCCAUACCAGCUAUUCUACAAUGAUGGAGGCCACAUCUUAGCCGAGGUCCUUCCUCACCAGUCCAGCCGUAUUAUUUACCACUAUGAUGACAACGGUCGCCUGCAUGUACAGCUCUUUGGUGAUGGAAUAGUAGAAUUUGGCUACCAUCCAGAAACUGGAUUGUUAAGAGGAGUUUCAGUCAAGGAAAGAGGCUUUGAAUAUAGAAGUGAUAAUAAAUAUCAUGCAGGACUGGUCAAGGAAAAAAGAGUGCGGUUUAUGUCAAGUACUAAGCUAGACUCUGCCAAACUACGAUUCCUGUAUGAUGGAAAUGCAAGACCAAGACGAGUUGAGAUUGAAAUUGAUGGUAAGGAACAACCAGACUAUGAUAUGAAGUAUGCUAUGAUUUUGGGUACUUUGGAAAGUGUGGGAGAUAUGAAGAUUACCACAACAUACCAUAACAAAACAGUAAUACAAGACUCCAGGAAAACCAUGCUUAGGGUUAUUGGCUAUGACCCUCAUGGGAGAAUGAUUGAGUCUGCCUUGACCCUACGGAGUCGAAUGGUCCACCGAAGCAAGUUCACGUAUGAUUCUCGUGGUCGACUUGCAAGCAUCUCCACACUACAAGGCUCCAGAUCUGAAGUACGCACCAAUUAUACCUACACCCCAGAUGGGUUCUUGCAAGCAGUGGAUGGCAUUGAGUCAUGGCAGUUCAGAUAUGAUAAAAAUGGCAACAUUAUAGCUGUAGUUGAAGGAGGAAGAGAAAUGACUGCUACCUAUGAUAAUGCAGAUCGAUUAGUUGGCUGGGGUGAUGUUGAGUUGAAUACAUAUUCCCCAGAAGGAACUGUAGUGCGACAAGGAGAAGUUCACCUGUCUUACAGUGCUCGUGGUAAUCUUAAGUCUGCCUGGCAGCAAGGACACUAUAAAAUUUGGCGUAGGCAUGAUCAUCGAGGAAGACUAAUAGUGUGGGAAGAUGAUCAUGGAAAUGUAACACAAUUCUUCUAUGCAGAUCUCUUGCGCCCAGAUCUCCCUACCCAUAUACACUAUCCUAAGCAGGGAGAGACUCACUCACUCGAGUAUGAUGAACAUGGCCAUCUAAUGGCUAUUCAGACUGGAAGACACAAGUUCUGGGUGUCCACAGAUCAUCUUGGAUCACCAGUAGCUGUCUUUGAUGACUCAGGAGUUUUGAUCAAAGAAAUUGUUCGAUCACCAUGGGGUGCUACACUUAGUGACUCUAAACCUGAACUUCUCUUGCAUGUUGAUUUCCAAGGAGGACUCAGAGACCCAGUCACAGGGUUUCUGUCCUUUGGUCUCCAUACCUAUGAUCCAGUACAUGCAAUGUGGAUGGCUCCACGUUAUGACCUGGUGACCAGCACUCCUGACCGUGUUUCUGCCAUCUAUGUUCAUCGCUUCCAUGAUAAUGAUCCUGUCAACAAAUUUAACAACAAACCUGAACAUUACACAGAUUUGUACAACUGGCUAAGACUCUUUGGUGUGGACUUGUCAAAAAUGAUGGGCUCUAGUUACCACGACAAGACUGUAGAAAAGCAAGAAAGAGGAUUACUGAAAGCUUCCCAACUAGCUCCAUCCCUCAGCGUAAUAUCAGGCUUAUCUUGUUUAACUGAAGAUGUACUUGCCCAGUUCUCCCAACCAUCACUUCUACCAGAUUCCUUGGUGCGGUCUGAGACACGAGCAUGGGCAUUCCCAAGCUGGGAACCACUUGAAAGAUUUUCAUCAUCACCACCAGUGUUAGGUCCAGGAGUCUUGGUUUCAAGAGUCAAUGGAAGGGCUCUAGUUACAUUAGUUCCUUCCAAGGAAAAUCCAGUAGUUCAAGAUGUAGCAAGAGAUGUUCUGAAUGGUUCAGCUCUACUUGAUAUAACUUUUACUCAUCACCACCACCAUACUCUAUAUUUAGUUAAAGAAAAUGCUGAGCUUCACCAUGAUGAUUUACAGCAACUAGAAAGAUUAAGUGGUCGGUUCAAUGUAACCUCAAAAGAAACUGGUGAACACCAUGAGAUUCGUGUGGCUGGAAAUGACGUGUCUUUGAUUUUGCUGUAUGGAGUUGAUCCCCGCGCUGCCCGACACAGACUCUUACGUCACGCACACCACCGAGCUGUGACUCGUGCUUGGGAAAAUGAACGUCUUCUGGUUGAACGUGGUGCUCCUUCAACAUAUGACUGGACAGUUGAAGAACGUGUUGAACUAGUGAGUAAAGGUAGUGUUUCAGGUUACAUACCAGCUGAUCUUCACUCAAUUCAUAGAUAUCCGUUCCUGGCUGAUGAUCCCACAAAUGUGGUAUUCCGACGUGACAUCGGGCGACGGCGAAGACGCAGCCAUCCCAGCACUCAUUCAUGAUCCCCGGGGCUGGGCAAAGCCCUUGUACAUACAGCUGUAUAGUGUAGCGCUUUGAACCUGUACUCACUGUACAAACAGGGUAUUUCUCACACAUUGUACACAUCUCUCCGAGCCGGAGAAUAAUCCCUACAUGUGAUAGAGGCAUAUUGUAAGUUAAAGACAACUGCGUUUGAAUGGAACUGCAGCAGUUCUUGGGAGAAACUUUGGUACCAAGUUUGUCUGAGUGUAUGUCUGUAUGAAUGACAAAGAGAGAAAAUGUAUGUGCCCCAUUGCAGUCAGAGUUGCUGGCUGCAUUGCUGUGUUGCUGGCUGCUGGCCACUGUAAAUAGCAUAGUUGUAUUUUGUACUAUCAGGAUAGUCAAAGAGUCUGCAGUGGUAUGUAAUUUUGCUGCUUAACAUUCCACCUUGAAUAUGUACCAUACUGAGAAACAUGCAUGCAAGGUUGAUGUAAAGCACAGAUGAGACAAGACAUAUAUUUUGUACAUUUUUGUUACUAUCAUGUCCAUUAGUUAGAGGUACAUGCUGCCCAUUUCCAUUAUGUGUCCAGAUGAGUGGCUGAAAGGCUUCAGAUAAGAACAAAGGUACCCAGUCAUAUUUUUUUUAAUAAUUAUUCCAAGUGCAUGCCUGUGUGUGCGAGUGUGUGUAUGUACGGUUGUGUCUUCUGAUUUUUUUUCAAUGUAUCUAUUUGAUACAAGUAAUUAUCAGUUAUAGACAAUGUGUAUUGUGAGCUAGUCUCUAUUAAUCUUAAAUAAUUCAAUAUUAUCUGGAACUGUAUCCCUAAGCAGGAAUAUUGAUGGAUGGCUCUCAGCACCCAAAGGCUGCCUUUGUGAAACUAAGGAGGGAAAUUUAUUUCCUGGUUUUAAUCACAUUAUUUUAUCAUAGUUUAUUCAUCUUCAUAAUUUCAUUUUAUUUUAUUAAUUUAUUUUUUAUUUAUUUAUUUUUUUCCUUUUAACUGAUUCUAUUGGUGUGAAAUUUAGAUCUUAAGUAAUUCUGAAACUCUCCUGUUGGGGAUUUAGAAUUGAGCUUACAGGAACUGCUUUGUCUGUGUUAAUAAAAAUAAGUGCAAAUCACCAAAUCAGCUUUAAUCAAAUUUUCAAAGUUCAGAAAUAGGUGCUCUGUACUUUCUAGGCCAAGCACAUAAUAUAAAGAAAUAUUACUUGAACUUUUUCAUUGCUGACUGUCUGCUGGAGUCUCUUUUUGUCUUAUGAAUAACAUCUGUACCUGUUGAACUAAGAAUUCAAUCAAUGGCAAAGAGAAAGAAUGUAAGACAUGAUUGUACAAUUGGUACUUUUAUAAAAGACCCUAAGGAAUUAUUCAGUUCUUUUUAUAGCAAAACAGAUUCAAAUGAUGGUCAAAGUUCCUGGAAUGCUACAGAAGUCAACAUUAAGAAAAAAAUAUUCUUUUAGGAUAUUGAUUAUGUUGACAUGUAUGUCAUCAUGCUCUGAAAAUUACUUAAGAAUUAUAAAUAUGAACCAUGUCAUCUGUGAUUGUUUAAUUAGGUUAUAAAACUGAUGUAAAACUGUGGGCAUUUGUCUACACAUUGGCCAGAAAGGCAUAAUAUUGGUGCUUUAUUUUGUAGUAUUUUAAGUACCCAUGUCUUGACAUCUAGCAUGAUGAGUAGAAGUACCAAUUCCUUUCAGUAUGAACCUCUCAUCUCACUUAUUUAAACUUGUGACUCUAAGGUGAUGUGUGGAGCCCUGAAUUUCUGUACAUAAUUUAAUUUGCACAUCACUAUUGCUUGGCGCAACCAACAUAUCAAGAAUAUUGUAGUUUAGAUUGUAUGUUCAUGUGCCAUAGUUCUAAUUGGUUGCUUGUGCCAAGAAUUAGAAUUUGAGUAUGUUUUGUACAGGCAUGUCGAAAAGAAUGUUAGCUUAGUUAAAGAUGUGAAAGAUGUUCAGUAACUGUUCAGUAACUGUAUUCUUGUGCCCUCCCAUCUACAUGCAGUUCUAACAGAGUCUUACAUAGGUAUGUUUUCUGAAAUGGACAGUCUGGUCAUCAAGUAAAACAUGAGACUGGUGCAUCGUGCUGUUACUUCAGCGAUGGCUGCAAGUCUUUUUUAUAUUGAUAUUCUUCUUUACAUUGAAAUGUGUCAAAAUUAAGAACAGGUUUCAAAAUUAAGGACGUUUCAGUGUAAUAUUUAUACUUUGUAGUUGAAUAAACAAACAGAUUGGUGAUAAUUUCAAAGUUAAUAUACUGAGUAAUAAUAGCUGUUUUGUAAUCCUCAUAAGUAUUUCUCAGAUUUCACUUCUCAUGGAAGUGACAGUUGCUGAUGACACCUAAAUUUUAUUUCAAACCAGAAAAAAUAAGUACUCAAAUGACUGCACCAAGGUUUUCUUUUUCACAGAAAAAACAUUCUGUAUUUAAUAUUUAUCUAUAGUGAGAAAUCUAAACAAAAUUUUAUGAAAAUUACAAUAAUAAUUAUUCUUUUAUAGUAAUUCAUGUUAGGGUUUAUUCAAAUCUUUACUCCAAUAGUAGCCUAAAUCAAAUAUGAUAAAAUUGUGCUACUAUUGAAAAUAUUGAAAGAAGGGUUAAGUUAUCUCUUACUUAUUACUCUACUUUUUUUUUCUGGCAUACACCUUGCACUACAUAAUACAGCCCUCAGUUCACUCUAGACUAAAGAAAAACAUCACACCUGCUGAAAAACUAAAUGGUUUGAGUUAAUCUUCCCUUAUGACAGCUUGGUAUGCCUUAUUUUGUCUACCUUAUUAUGUUAAAAUUCUGCCUUUGAGGUCUUCAUUUUAUAAAAUGUUUGCUUUAUUUGAUUAAAAAAAAAUUAUUUAUUUUAUGACACUUAAGUAGUAUUUAGUUGAAGAGUAAUAGUAUUGACUGUCUUACAUAAUUAUGAGUCAAUUGAAAUUUUCUUCCUGCAUCUUUUGUGAAUUUUAUAAUACAGUCACUGAAAAGUUUUCAGUUAAAUAUUGCUAUUCCAAAGCACUGGUAAGAUAUCUUCCCAAGGGACUUGAAGGGCAACUCUUGUACAUUACUCAUUUCAUGUUAGUUCUUUUACUUCAAGCUUCAUAUUAUUCACCUAAUAUAAAUGUAAUUAAGGCAGCCUUGGUGCCUGACACUUCCCAUAUCUGAAACCUGUGCAAUUCAAUACUUUAAUAAGUACAGAAAAGUUGGAGGAUUACAAGACAGCAUUACUCAUUGCAAUCACUCAAUGAUUGUAUCCAAAUAUUGCUAUCAAAAUAAUGUUGCAAAAGAUCUGGCAAUGAAGUUUUUUUAGGCAAGUAAAGCUUAUACUAUUGCAGCAUGCAAUGCUGUUCUAAGUUCAUUAUUUCGCCUGUGUAAAAAUAAAUCUUGUGCUUGUAUGUUUGGAAGGUACAUGUGUCAUAAGCACUAUAAUCUACAGAAAAUGUGACAUAUUUCUACACUACAUAAUGACUGAAGAACUGGUUCAAUGGCUAGUCUCGGUUUUCUUCUAGACUUUACCAUACACAAUCGUCCAGAAUUAGAAAUACUCUAUUUAGAUAAUCUAGUAUUAAUCUGCAGAAUGGUGUUAUUUUAUGAUGGAAGAGAUAGGUAUUUGCACAGAAGCUCUGGCAGGCAUUAUCAAUGUUUUCUGUACAUAGAUUAAUUUUAGUAUGCCACAUGAUCUGUUACUUCAUGUUCUUAAUUAAAGAUUCCUAAAAUUAUAUAUAUAUUUUAUGGCAUUUUAAAACUGCAAUAUUGUACUUAGACAUUUUAAUCACUAUAAGAAAUGUGUAUCAUUGAGUAUUUGUUGUUUAAUACUGAUAAAUACAUAUGUGAUCAGUAAAAAAAGAUAAAUAACCAGGUUUAUCUAUCCAUUCUGUAUGAAGUGUUUUCUAAACAAGCUUGAUGCAAAAGCCACUGGUAACAAAGUACACAAAAAUAUAAAUUCUCAAAAGAUAUAAAACCAAUAUUGAAUUUAAUUUAGACUUCAAAUGCAGUCUCCAUGCCUUCUUAUACAGAAGUUUCUGCUUACAUAAAUAAAAUGAGACCAAAGAAA